AUGCUACCUCCUUCUCCUGCUUCCGUCCUUUCUGCUUUCCCUCCUCAUUCAUGUUUAAUCACCAUUUUAAUAUUAACUCAACUUUUAGUCCAGUCAUUGCGACAUACAUGGGGACAACUAGGAGGAGCCUCCUUAUGCGCAUCGUUUGACAACCAUGCAUGUUUCCUCCAACUAAGUGAAUUGUUUUAUUUUUCUAUCAGUUUUAUGGCUAGGAAGCUUACAUUAAUUCUUCCGCGUGGUUCCUCAUUUCAAUCAUACACUUAUUCCAAUGUUCAACCAAUAUUUCCGAAACACAAUAAAGAAGGAAUUGCCUUGUAUGUAUCCUUCCACCCACCAACACUGUCACGCGAACAUCAUGCUUGUUUAGGCUUAAAUUACACGCUGUCUUUUUUACAAAAUACAUCAUUUAUUACUACAUUUGAUUAUAAUUUCAUCAUGGCUAGUGGUCUUCUUCAAUGCAUGCACAAGGAAUUCAACGGAAAACUAUGCUUUUAUGGACCAGCGGCAAGUAUCAAUUGA